CUGUCGAGUUUCUAUACAUAUCAGGAUAUCUUUGUUACUAUAACUAUAGUGUUAAACACGUUAGAUGUUGAAAUGGACUUGGAACAUAUACGAUGUUAUCAAGGAGUCGUACAAGUACCUGAAAAUUUAUGCAAAAUGCAAAAAACUGCUGAGAAAGAACGUUCCAAUUGAUACAGCUUUAUCAAAACCGAAGGAUGGAGGAGUUCCUUUCAAAACACCGGGUAUUUAUACGUUUAAACAGAAAAGAAAAGUGAUUUACCUAGGCAUGUCAUCAAAGGAUAUCCGAACCCGACUUCAGGCACACCUGAGUAACAAUGAUUACCAAGAAGUGGGUUUAUAUCUCCAGAAGUGGCACUUCAAUGCCAUCACUGUGUCCUGGGUGAAAGAGACAAAUGCUGAUAUAAAGGAGAAGCAAUACCUAGAGAUUAUCACUAACCUACAGGACAACGUUCCACAUCUCAAUAAGACAUCAGGGAAUUCAAAGAAAGCCACAAAAAAGUGUUCUUCUUGGAGAAUUCUUAGAUGAUCUGUUUCCACAGUGUGCAUUAAAAAGGGUAUACUGUCCUGAAUCCAUGGUCACAUGCCAUUAAUUAAUUUAAUCUGAGCCCUAUCUUACAAAUUUCAGAGAAAUGGUGUCCUAAACCAUAUUACAACAUGCUUGAUCAUGUAGAUUUAGAGUCCUGCUCUGCAGCUGCCCUUAUUGGUCAGUUUGUCUUUCUGCCUAUUUGUUUUCUGUCCGCUCAGCUCAGCCUGGUUCAUACUUCAGCAUCAGAGUGCCUAUAAGUAAAGGUUGUAUAUUGACCUUGAUUCAAGUUUCCAGGUCAAAGGUAAAAGCUCAAAACCCUCAUCCCAAGCAUUUUUCCCUUUGCUCCAAUUUGUCACGUACUUUUCCUAAAGAAUGCCCUUGGGUAAAAGGGAUGAUAAUCUUCUACCAAAUUUUAGGUCAAAGGUCAGAGUCAAAGUAGAUCUUUGUGUAAAAUCCUCAUCUGUGGUAUUUAUUUUCUGCAGCUGAAUUAUUUUGGCUCAUACAUGACUUUGAAACAAGUUUCUAGGUCUUAGGCAAGGUCAAAACAGACUCUGUGUAAACACUUUACUCCUUGGUUCUAUCUCCUUAAAACAUUUAAAUACUUCCCUUAAGUGGCUUUGAUGCAAGGUAAGGUUAAAUCAGAUCUUAUUGAAAAUUCUUUGUUUGGAGUAUAAAUUUUCUACUCUUUGGCCUGUUUGGCAAAUUUCAAACUCUUUUACAAGUCCUUUUGCAUUCCUUUUCAUUCAAUAUUGGGGCACUUUAGAUGGUGACCAUCUCAAUAUUUUUGUCAAAAGUGCAAACAAAUGAAAAUCAAUUAGUAAACAUGAAAAUGUAUUGAAGAUUGAUCAUCCCCUUUCUGCAUUGUUAUUCCAUUCUUAUGACAACAUUAGUCUAAAGAAGUGUAAUUAGUAACAUGGCCUUGCUUAUUUCAGCAUUUCCAAUUUUAUAUGUACAUGGUUGUUGUAGAAGGCAAAUGCAAAACCUAUGAAUAACCUGGCUUCCGGGCCACCAAUGCUGAGAUUUUCUCAAAUCUAAGAUUUCUCAGAAAAUUUGAGUUUUUCUCACCGAACUGUGCCACCAAAUAAAUAUUUUCUCAAACUCAGACUUGUCUUUUGAGUUUGUUUUUUUUUUUUUCUCAAAUCUGAGAUUUCUCUGAAACGUGCGUGCCACCAACGUUUUUUCCGACUCAGCUGAGAAAAAAUCUCAGAGAGUUAUUUUUAAGUAAAAUGGUCGUAAAUGUUAUGACAGUGCACACUUUAAUCCAUGAAUACACAAAGUAAAACGUGUAAACACAGAAAGCAUGAGAUUUUUAUAAUUUGGUGGCCCCGAAGCCUGGUCACUGCAUAACUAAUUUACAUUAAUUGUGUAAUGUAUGCUUAUACAUGAUAAAAGAACAAAGUUUGCAUUAAUUUGAAAUGUGAAGUUGGUUUUGAUAUAAAACUGAGAUAAGAAUAAUAUGCAUGCGAUGACAGAGAUAACUUGGAACUUAUAUCAAAUAAAAAUUAUGUGAAGCAGA